AUCUCUUGAAACCAAAAUUACUCUACAGUUUCUGCGCAUACCUCCUCUUGAUCACUCAACCUCAUCAUCAUGGCUCUUCGUAUCGGCUGGCGGCAAAUGACCGGGAAAGACCUCAUCGAACAACAACUACGAAUCAACGAAGCGAACGCCAAAGGCUGGGAAGAACCACUACCACGCACCUGGGGAGAAGUCUUUGGCACAAUUAGCUUGGCUCUCGAGCUCUUCUUGUGUUUCUUCAGUGUCAUCCUCGGGGUUUUUGGAUAUAUUAUAAUUUUGUACGAUCAUGAAGGUACUUCUCCGAAAGGGCUAUCAAACGAAGGGCGUGACCUGAUAUGCGAUAUCGUCGGUACACUAUACCCGUUCUACGUUGCUCGCUGUGUGGGGGUCGGGAUCGAUUUUUACUUUCGGUGCUGGGAGGGGCUGGUUUUUGCGAAAGUGGAGAGGGUCCUGGAUUAUGAGGGUCCUUGCUUUGGUCGUAUGAUUUUCGACUUGGAUUAUGUGGACGAUGACGUGAAAGCGAGACAUAGGAAGGUGUUGGCUAUCAAGGAGUGGGUUAUUCUGGUCGGUAGGAUGGUUUCUCCGGUGUUGUUUUUCGCGCUCUACAAGAUUGGUUGGUGGACAAGAUUUGGGCUGGAGAACUAGAGGAAAAGUCAUCCAUGAACAGCGGCCAUUGGUAAAUUGAGCGGCGAACGGCGUAGCU